CCACCAGUGACUGGAUUCGCGCGCACCCGCACGCUUCCACAAUUCACACUGCGUGCCCCAUCAUUAAGCCAUGCUCCGCGCAAACCCGCACACAAUCGCGCUCGCUCCGCUUCUGCGACUUCCCCUCGCACAAGCCGUUUCCACCCCUUGAGCCCCGCCGACGUCGACGGCUCGUUCUUCAGGGCUCCCGCGAGUCCGCCUCGCCCACCGCCGUCAUAGCCCCAUCUCUACCCCAAUCUAUCUUACAAACCUCCCACACACAUACCGCCUCUACGGUCGUUUCUGGAGCAACGGCUCAUCCCCACGCCAUGCGUCGCGGCAACUUUUCGGCGCGCUCAAGGCCCUGCAACGGGGAUGGGACCUCUCCCAACCCACCCGCCGCCACGCGCAAGAUCUUCAACUGUAUCGUGGACGAGACAGCCUUGAUCGCAGGCGUGAAGUCGAGCACCCGGGACGGCAUCCGUAAAUGGGUCUCUCAGGGCGCCAUUCGCCUCUUCGUCCCACUCUAUACUAUCUCCCAGCUUAAUGUCCUCAAGAAAGGGAACGACCGCAUCAGCUCGGAUGCUCAGGAAGCCGUCGUAUGGCUCGACGAAGUGACCUCUGACCCCACCAUCGCCGGCCGCGUUCAGCUGGAGGGUGUUGACGAAAAGUUUGGAAACUGGGCAAAGGUGGAGCAGUUUUUGCUCCCGGAGACACUCCUGUCUAUGGAAGAUAGUGAGACCGAUGAGUCUGAAUAUGGAGAGGAUUUGGAGAGCUCGUUUGCUAACCUCGACGUGAAACCACUUGUUGCUGCCAUUGCGUCUCCUACCCGUCCGACACGCAACAACAAUCUCAGCAAUGGAGUGAAAAAAUCACCAAGGAGAGCUGUUCCGGAGUUUCUUCGCCCGCUCUUCGAUCAUAUACUAUGGAGGAUUCAUCAAGAGUCCAAUCCGGAUGCAGCCUUGGAAUCCUUCAUCCUUCUUACCAACGACCCCGAGAAGCAAGAGAUUGCGCAGAAGUUCGGUAUCCGUGCGAAGCGCUUGGAGAAUCUCCGUACGGCCAUCGCCCGCGAAGACCUAGAGUACCGGAACCAUCAGAUUUUCGAUAAGAUCGAGAAGGGUGAAGUCAAGUCUCGAAGCUCCAAGGAGGAUCUGUGCAAGGAAGAUAAGGAUGCAGUUGGAGCCAAGGCUAUCAACGGACAUGAGUCUGACUCUGGCGACGAAGAUGAGGUUGUAUUCAAGCCUGUCCCGCGUGCUCCGCAAGCCGAUAUUGCUGAUGGGCAGCGCGUCAUGGAUCCGGACGAUUUUGGAAGAUCACCUCCUCAGCGCCGCGGCUAUGGAGGCCGCGGCGGUCGCGGAAGCCGUGGACGAGGUGCUUUCGCCGCCUUCAAUCCUCCGCGUGGACCAGGUGGCGCCCCCCGUGGACGUAGCAGCUUCGGACCUCGCGGUGGUGCCGGCUUCCAUUCCCAACAGCGACCGUCUCAGACGCCGCGACCUGCAGCACGUCCUAUUCCAGAUGCGAAUACGAUCCUCGAUCCGGAUGCAUUUGAACGCCCUGCUCCGCGUAUGAGUAACGGUCGUGGUGGUAGGAGGAAGCUUUGGGAGCCGAACUAAUCGAUCAGGGAACGCAUCGGAGACGAUGCAUACUUGACGCAUCCGGCUUUUACAUUUUCCUCCGCCUCUAUGGAGAACGCCGUACAACAACAGUAAUCUGUCGCUCUGCGAUGGGUAAACAUCUCGGGCUUGCACCUCGAUGAUCGAUGGCAGUGACUGAGGCUCGGGAAACGGUUAUGA